GCAAAGUAUUCCGUGUCUUUGUAUUAACGAAAAUAAAUGUCGAAAGUAAUCGGACAAUGUUUGGGUAUAAACACGAAGUAUAUUAAAUACAAUUAAGAGAAAUUUGCAAACUACUUGAGAAACCAUAGGAAGUCCGUUUUUAAUCGAUUGACAGUAAUGCAAAUUUUUGCAGCUAUUAACAUGCUCCUGUUACUCUUGCCUACAUUGUACGCGACGUAUUUGCGAUCGGACGACGUAGAAAUUGUUUCUCACUGUGUUACUCAGGCAAUAUGCGAGGUUCAAUGUAUCGUUCAAUCUGUUAUAUGUUUCAACAAGUACGACACUCUGCAACGUAUAAUCGAGGAACUGUGGAGUUGCAUCGAAGGGGCCCAACGAUACGAGAGCGAUAUUUUUCACGAGUAUCUUGAGAGAGUCAACGUGCUUUACGGCGGUUACAUCGUAGCUAUGUACAUUAUAGGGUUCGUUGGUUUGAUCGGACCGUUGUUCCUUCCAAUUGUUCACCUAAUAUUCGCUGAAUAUCCGUUCGACGUUAAGAAUCGAACGUUAGUAAGUGCUGUCAUACGUACACAUCAGAUCAUCACUUGCCACCAAAUAUGCGCCCACGAAUGUGUGUGUCUGUUUGGUGCUCUUCUAAUUUGGUUCACCGCCGCGAGAUUCGAAUGUCUGAUGGUGGAACUGCGGAGAACCACUGAUAUUGGUAUGCUGGCCGCGUUCAUCGAGAAACAGUUACGUUUAAAGAGAUAUGCGGAAGAAGUGGUCGAGUGUUUUCGUUUCAUGGUCCUGUUUGUUAUAGCAGCGUGCACGUUUGUCAUAACUAUAUUUGCUAUAGCAAUAGUCACGAAUACACCACUGGUGGCGAAAAUGCUGUUCGCAGGAAUUACUGCGUCCCUGCUCAUGUACAUUUACAUGUACGCGUGGCCGGCUGAUCACAUGAAAGAAAUGAGUUUGAAAUUUUCACAAAGUGUAUACGACUUACCGUGGUACGAAUAUACAGCGAGGAUGCAGAAGGAUCUGUUGAAUGUAUUGGUGUACCAAAAGCCAGUGAUUCUUUCCAUCAAUUGUCUAGUGCCGGAACUUUCUUUGCGUUACUAUUGUUCAUACUUGUCGAAUGCUCUCUCCUUCUGUACCGCAUUACGUGCCAUGCUGGAAGGGAAUACAACAUAGACGUGUUACAUGUAUAUGGUCAAAAUUAGUAUACAUUAUACCAUCGUUAGGAUUGUUAAAAUGAAAACUUAUGAUAGUCAUGAGUAGAACUGGUAAAGUAUUCCGUGUCUUUGUAACAACGAAAAUAAAUAUCGAAAGUAAUCGGACAAUGUUUGAGUAUAAACACGAAGUAUAUUAAAUAUACAAUAAAGAGAAAUUUGCAAACUACUUGAGAAUCC